CCCACCCCUGCUUCCUACAGCUCCUCCCCUCCUGGGAAGUGACUCUCCAUGGCCAAGUUUUCCCUAGAAGCGUCCCAGGGAUUCGGGUGGGCAGCACCGGCUUCCCUCGCUUGCAGCCACAGGUGUCUCCAGGUGGGGCAGGCAGGGUGCUCCGCUCCCAGGAGCAGGUCAGCAGGGACUUGGGCUACACAGCUGUGCCUGGUGCAGACCCUCGAGACCCCCUAAGAGAUGGGAGACUGGGGCUUCCUGGAGAAACUUCUGGACCAGGUCCAAGAGCACUCGACAGUGAUUGGGAAGAUCUGGCUGACAGUGCUAUUCAUCUUCCGGAUCCUCAUCCUGGGCCUGGCGGGGGAGUCGGUGUGGGGAGACGAGCAGUCGGACUUCUUGUGCAACACCAAGCAGCCAGGCUGCACCAACGUCUGCUAUGACAAAGCCUUCCCCAUCUCCCACAUCCGCUACUGGGUGCUCCAGUUCCUCUUUGUCAGCACCCCCACCCUAAUCUACCUGGGCCAUGUCAUCUACCUCUCCCGCCUGGAUGAGAAGCUGAAGCAGAGAGAGAGUGAGCUGCGAGCUAUGCCGAUGAAGGACCCGAAGGUUGAGCAGGCUCUGGCAGUGGUAGAGAAAAAGAUGUCCAAGAUCUCUGUCGCGGAGGAUGGACACAUCAAGAUCCAGGGGCCCCUCAUGUGUUCCUAUAUCACCACCGUGAUUUGCAAGAGUAUCUUUGAGGCUGGCUUCCUCUUGGGUCAGUGGUACCUGUAUGGUUUCUCCAUGCCAGCUGUUUUUGUGUGCGAGAGAGUCCCCUGCCCUCACAGGGUGGACUGCUUUGUCUCCCGGCCUACUGAGAAGACCAUCUUCAUUAUCUUCAUGCUGGUGGUGGGUCUCAUCUCUCUCGGUCUCAACCUCAUGGAGCUCGUCCAUCUCUGCUGCAAGAAUAUGCUCAACGGCUUAAAGAAGAUCUCAUCCAGAUCCCCUGCCGGCCUGGGUGAGGACUCCUUCCCGGAUGAAAAGCUGUGUGAGGUGCCUGGUGGUCCGUACCAGCCCAAGCAGUACCACUACCUGCCCAUGAGCGAGGCUCGUGCUCCUCCCUACCAGUCUUACAAUAAGCUGUCCAGUGAGCAGAACUGGACCAACUUCAACACCGAGGAGAACCUGGCCCUGUGCAAUGGUAGCAAACCUUUGCCCAACGCCUGUGCUGCUAAUGCCCAGUCCCUGGAGAAGCAGACCAGUCGUCCCAGUAGCUCCGCUUCUAAAAAACAGUACGUCUGAGCAUCUGCAAUCCGGCUCUUGUCUUCUGGGCUGCCCCGUUGGAGGCUGUCGUGGCUCACAGACUUUCUGGUUGUGUCCUCUUUCUUGGAGAGGUUUCUCAUUUUGGUUGAUGGGCAGAAACCUGACUUCCUCAUGGGUCUGUGCUUAAAGUAAGGGUGCUGCAGAUGUUGUUCCAUGGACUCCUGUGAGCCCACAGCAAGCAUGGGGGGGUCAAUGGCAUGUGGUAGCCAACUGGCCACAGGUCCCAGUGCGGUAACCUUUUGGCUCAUCCGGCUGAAACCUACACGAGACUGUCAGGAAGAGGACUGUCCUCUGGACAAAAGACCUUGAGUUAACUAUUGCUUCAAACAAGCUACACUUUGACUUCUUUCUUUUGCAGCUGCUGUCCCUGGAGGGCAGUUUGUGACUUCUAUUAUUAUUUUUUUUUUAACACUGUAUAAACAUGGAAACCAAACAAAAUCCCUUCUCGGCUGGGAUCUUGGGUGGUUUGCAUGGAAAACUAAGUUGUUCUGCCAUGGGAUAGAACUGCCACUGGAUUCUCAGGGGAAGCUGAUUGGAUUGAUAUCCAUAACGCAACUAUCAGGGAGAAGAGCAGAGGGCAAAUAGCCCUUCCCUGACCAAGGGUUACGGCAAGUCAGUGGCUUCCAGCUCAGGUCUUUGCUGUUAUAGCCUUCAGAUGAAAGCGCUCCACCACCUUCAUCGACCAGAGUGAAUCUGGACCAGCGCAGGGAAAGAAACCCCCUUCUAAUGCUGUUGGAAUCUGCCUGCCUCCAAGGUAUUGCCAGGUGCUGGCUUCAGCCUAGCAAUCCCCUUAAGCAACACUUCCAUAUAGGCUCUUCAUUGAAGGUGGUCCUGAGCUGAAGCCAGCUCGGCUUCAGAGCCACUUGCCCAAAUGCUCUUCAGGGAAAAAUACCUAAAAGAAACCUAGCACUGGCUACUCGCUAUGUGCUGCUGCCUGACUUCAGUUGCUUAUUUAAGCCGUUAAGUGCCUUGCUACACUGUGCCCCCCCCUUGAGAUCGGAGUAGCUCCCAGGGGGAUGGCUUUGGGUCAAAAACUGCUGUAAUGGAGGAUACUACCUGUCUUAAAACCCAGGCUCCCUUGAGCUGCCUGGUGGCAGAGCUGAGCUAUAUGCACUGUUCACCAUUUGUGUGUAGAGCAAUGUGCUGUUCAUGUAUCUAUGUAUGCAUUUCUCCUGUACACAUCAGCAGUAGUAGCCUUGCUGCUUUACCCUGGGUUCUUCCUCACGUCUAAGAUUUGUCUAAUUUUUGUUGUUGUUGUUGGUCUGAGU